AUGCAGCAAACAGUUUCAUCUAUGACUAUUCUACAUUUAAUAAUAACGAUCAUAACAACUCUGCUCUUUAGUCAACUGACACAGCUAGAUCAACAACAUGUCAAUGGUCAAUUAACGCCAACGGCCACAAGUUAUAAAACUAUUGCUGAUGCUGGCAAUAACUAUGCUCUAGUUUGGCCAGCUGGAGUAAGGGUUUCUAAUUAUUCAAGAGUGUUGAUUGCUGAUACUGGCAAUCAUCAAUUGAAGUUUAUUCAUUCGAAUGGCAGUUUACUGACUUUAUGUGGAACUGGUGAGAAAGGUUUUGCUGAAUCACCACUCGUUGGUGGAAAGUUCAAAGCAAGAUAUUCGAAACUCAAUGAACCUAGACAGAUUACCAUGAGUACUACAGAGAAUGCGUUAUACAUUGCUGAGAGUGGUAAUAAUAUUAUUCGAAAGUUAAAUUUAAUGACAGGUCAGCUCGUUAUUGUUGCUGGCAACUUGACAGCUGGGUUUUCAGGCGAUGGUAAAAUAGCUACUCAAGCCAUGCUUAAUGGUCCAAGAGGAGUUACAUUCGAUACCACAACACAGAAAUAUUUGUACAUUUCAGACACUCUUAACCAUAUUGUCAGAAAACUUGAUAUAUUUACUGGUAUUAUUACAACAAUUGCUGGAACAGCAGGUUCAUCAGGAUUUACAGAUAACGUAUUGUCAACAUCUGCCAAGUUGAAUGGUCCUCAAGCUGUUGCUAUCAUGUCUAAUGGUGACAUUUAUAUUGCUGAUACUCAAAACAACAGAAUCAGAAAAAUAACAGCUGCCACUGGAAUAAUCUCAACCAUAUGUGGAACAGGAAAUGGAGGUAUUGCAGGUGACGGUUCGGCAGCAACUUCUGCCAUGAUUAACAGUCCUCGAGAUUUAUUCUUGGGAUUACAAAAUGAUUUGUACAUUGCCGACAGUUGGAAUCACAGAUUGAGAAGAAUUGAUUUGCGUACUGGUAUUAUUCAAACCGUAUCUGGAACUACAAUCAUGUCAGGUCCUGAAAGUGUGUCUAUCAACAUUCUGUCUAAACCAGGAGUUUCCUCUAUGGCCAUAACAGUAACCGAUACCAAUAAUCAAAGAAUUCUAAUGAUGGAAUAUUCGUGUAAUUCAACAAAUUAUUCCAUUAAUUCUAAUGGUACAUUAUGCGUCACAAAACCACUUAAUCUCACAAUACCAGACUGGAGAGAAACUGACAUUGGAGAUUAUUGGAUGAAUGAGGAAGAACCUGUUGUUGAAUGCCAAGAAAAUUACUUUGGACAAUAUUGUGAAUACAAGUAUUGUUAUGGAAAGAUUGUGGCUGCAAAUUCUACAUGUUUGAACACUUCUUUGGUAAACGGUUAUGUUGAAAAGUUGACAGUUGUGAAGGAUGUUACAGAACUUGAUUCCAAAUCAGUUUCCUUUGACGGUUUCAAGACUAGUUUUGAAUUUCCAGCGACAAUGAGUGAUCAAAUUAAUAAUGUAAGCGAGAUUGUGUUAGUUUCGUCCAUUUACGAUCCAAGCACUAAUUCUGCUCCAGUUUUAUUUUCGAAUAGUGACAAAUUGAAGAGUACAGUUAUGUCCAUUUCACUCUAUGACAGACAAUCGGCUCAAGAAAUUGCAAUCAAGGGUUUACAAGAUCCAAUUUCAUUAGCUUUCUUCAAUGUUUCAAUUGGUAAAUCUGAGCACUUGAAUUAUUCCUGUGCCUAUUACAAUACUUUGAAAAACACUUGGGAAUCUUCAGGGUUGAAAACUACUAUUCUCUCCUUCUUGAACAAGACAAUAGAUAACACCAAUUUCCAAGUUGUAAUAUCAGUCAAAUGUGAAACGAGUCACCUUACUUCAUUUGGAGUCAUUGACAUGUCUGUUAAGAAGACACUGAGUGAAAAUAAGGUACAAACCUCAACAUAUACCUCUUCUGAUCAGUCAGCAGUAACAAUUGGUAUCACUGUGGGUGUUGUUGGUGUGGUGGUCAUUCUUUUAAUUAUUUUGAUUAUUGUAAUCUUUACAACAGUCCUGUUACUAAGAUCCAAAAGAAAGAAUGCUGAAAACAGGAAAAAGUUACAAGCCAAAUUACAAGAUCAAUUGAAAGUGAGUUCUCCUUCAACCUCCUCAAGUGUUUAA